ACCCUCUUGAGCUCUGAGAGAAAGAGGAUGAGAGAGCGCGCGUUCAUGUGAAGAGAGGGAGCGCGAGCGUCACUUAAGCAAGUGUCACACCAAAACAGCAGCAAAAGUUGAGGAAACGCAAACAAAGCUGGACGAUGGAGCAACAUUCUGUAGUAAAAAAGCCGUCUGUGGCCGAACUAGCCGGGAAAUUCAGUUGUCAAAUGCCACAUAUGACAGAUGCUGAAGUGAACAAGCCUGUGAGGAUGAGACCCCCACGUUCAUUGCAGCUACCUGCUAACAAUGAUGCAGGUCAAUGCCAGGAUGAGAAAGGAGCAGCAACAACAUCUUCCAGGAAGAAUAGGAACUCUGCUCUCAUUGAAAAACUACAGGCCAGCCUUACAAUGUCUCCAGUGGCCCCACCGACCAUCCCCAAGAGCCUGGGGGUGGUGAAAUUACCGGUGCUGCCCUUCUCGCCCGUCUCUCCCAGCAGUCCCUCUAGUUCUCCUGCAGUGCUCAUGCCUAAAGAGGAGGAAGCUCCUGCCAGCUUUGAGGAUCCUGCUGAAGGAAAUGUUCUUAAAAGCAUUAACAAGGGUAGAGCUCGCCUUUCUAUCAAGCGCCGGCCACCAUCUCGCAGACACAGGAAGUCUAGCACAGACGAAGGUGGAGAAGAGGUGGAUAAAACAGCCUCAGUCACCUUUGAAAACACAACUCCAAAUGCGCAUGAGGGAGAUGUGUUUGAGAAGCAGAAGUCAUCUAACAGAGCCGACACGGCAUCGCUCUCUUCAAAAGAACAGAGUGUGCCAAAAACUAAAUCAACAGAUACAGAAAAGGCAAGCCCAAAAGAGGAAGAACCGGAUGAGAAAGUGGAGACUGUGACUUCAGAAAAGAAAGGAGAAGAGAAAGAAGAGAAGACAGAACAAGAGCAAAAGGAAGAGAAAAGUAAUGAAGAACCGCAGUUAGCUGACAAUACAGAGUCUACAGUGCAAGAAGAGGCACGUGAAGAGCCAGUCACUCAACAGACAGAACCUGACACAACAACAGAUGGGAAAGAAAAGGAACAGAAUGAAGAGGCUGAAGUAAAGCAUUAGAGCGAAGUGAAUGGGUGCUUUAUGCUAGCUUUUACACCUGAUUUACGUGCCAGGAUGGAGAGAUCAGAGAUUUCUGAAUGUCUUGCUUUAUCUACACACUUUCACAUCCAUGUUUGAAACACAUCCACGCCUGCACAGUAUUUCUCCAGUAUGUACUUUAACUUAUUAUUUAAUUUGAUCUCUUAAAUCACAGGAGUACAAAGUCUCUGCAUACAGAAAAAAGUUCAAAUCAACUGCCUCACAACGAACAGCUUCUUAAAACUCACAGCAAGGCAACAGCAGGAGAAGAAAUAAUGUGAAUAACUCGGUCAUAGACUUCCAGUCAGUAAUGAUCCAGACUGCAGUCAUAUGCCAAAUGCUUAUAAUUCUGCUUGUCUGAAUGUACAACUGAAACCCUCAGGUGCAGAGAACAACAGUAUUUUUCCCUCCUGUACAGUUUUAUUAAUGUUAUUUUCUAAUAAUAGCUCUGUUCUGAGUCUCUGGUAUGAAAUUGAGUAUGGCAGAUUUGUUUGGUUUUAGAUAUACGUUUUGUCUUUUGUAUAUAAUUAUUAGUCCCCACAAAAGGACAUAUAUUUUUUAUUCUGUUUGUGUUGUUCAUAGUUGUAUUGCUUUAAAAAAAAAUGUAAUACUAAGAUAAUCUUGUGCUUUUGAGACUUGCUAAAAUCAUAAAAUAUGGAAACACUGAAAAAAAUAUCCAAAAAUCAUUCACCUGUCACUGGAAAAUACUGUAGUUUUAUCAUCAAAGCGUUGGCUGUAAAACAAAUAUUAAAAUAUAUAAUUAAAUAUAUAUAUUUUUAAGGA